AUGCUGCUGCUUUUCCUGCUGGCCCUGCUGUGGGCAGGGUCCCUGGCUCAGGAUGGAAGAUACAAGGUGAUCGUACAGGGGCCGGUGACAGUGCAGGAGGGCCUGUGUGUCUCUGUGCCCUGCUCCUUCAUCUACCCGGAGAACUGGUAUUAUGAUCCCCCCACUUAUGGCUACUGGUUCCGAGAUGGGGCUAAGACAGACUGGGAUGCUCCGGUUGCCACAAACAAGCACAAUCGCAAAGUGCAGGAGGAGACCCAGGGCCGAUUCUUCCUCCUUGGGGAUCCCAGGAACUACAACUGUUCCCUGGAAAUCAGAGAUGCCAGAAGGACAGAUGGUGGAUCGUACUUUUUCCGGGUGGAGGGAAAAACUAUGUUAAAACAUUCUUUCAUACAGAACAAGCUCACCUUGUGUGUGGAGGCCCUCAACCACACACCUGACAUCCUCAUCCCGGGGGCCCUGGAGUCUGGCCGCCCCAUGAACCUGACCUGCUCUGUGCCCUGGGCCUGUGAGCGGGGCACACCCCCCCUCUUCUCCUGGAUGUCAGCUGCUCACACCUCCCUGGGUCCCAGGAAACAACUGUCUUCUGUGCUCACCCUCACCCCACGGCCUCAGGACCAUGGGACAAACCUCACCUGUCAGGUGCAAUUUCCUGCAGCAGGUGUGACUGUGGAGAGAACCAUCCAGCUCAACGUCACCUGGGAACCAGAGACCAGGACAGACGUGGUCCAUGGGGCCAUCGUGGGAGCUGGUGUCACCAUGCUGCUUGCUGGCUGCCUCUGUGCCACCUACUUCCUAGUGAAGAGGACCCACAGGAAGACAGCAGCCAGGCCAGCAGGGGGCAUGGAGGACACCCACACUGCCACAGCACCUGCUCCCUCGGGUCACCAGACAAAACCCACAUCAGACAGCCCUGCUGACCCUACACACUCUACAUGGGACAGCCUGAUCUUGGAAAGAGAGCCAGAGGUGUAUUAUGCUUCCAUCAGAUUUCAGAAAUGAAUCCUCCUCAGAAGAGAACCCACACAAAAUACACAGAGAUGAGGACCUAGUAGGAAGCCAGCGUGUCCAUGUCAGCAGACUCAUUCUUGGAGACUUAAUGUCCCCAUGGGCAAGGAGUGCAUAAACGACUGUACAUGCAUUUCCUGUGAUGUUGACACUGUCUGAGGCAUUGCAAUCACAGGAACUGGGAUCGAGUUCAUGCUCUUCCAUUUAUUUUGAAUAUGGCAGCCAGUCAACCAUCUUACCCCUCCAUGUCUCCAUUCCCUGCUUUGUGAUUAGG